AUGAUUGUGGACGUUGGUAUGCCAAUUAAGCAUCACAAUAUCCGAUACAUCUGCAGAGUGAUGGCAUACAACGGUAGAAUUGUCUCGAUACGUCCGAAAACCACUCUGAGGACUGACGGCAACUAUAAUGAGUCGAGGUGGUUCACCGCGUGGGAUCCUGCUAUUCCACUCGAAGUGUUUCCCCUACCAGACUUCAUUGCGGACAUGCAGGGCACCAGCAUGGUUCCUUUCGGCAGCGCUUUACUCUCCACCUCAGGCGCGUGUGUUGGCGCUAUUACAUCCGACGAGUUGAUUGGGCUCGAAGACUUGCUUCCAACAGCCUUGAGCUCGACAAGCGCUGAUGUCUUGACCGUUUCUGCAGCCAAUCACUUCAGUGUCGGGAACUUCGACUCCCUGGUAUCUUCACUGCAGAAUAUCAGCAAAGACAUUGGUGGAGUCAUCCUCUACUCGAAUCAGCAUGGCUGCGAUGGCGAUCAAAGCUACUACGACGGUGGUCCGAUGAUCUUGGUGAACGGAGAAAUAGUUUCUCAAGGCCCAAGGUUCUCGGUCCACGAUGUCGAGGUGGUAACCGCUGUCGUCGAUCUAGAAGAAGUUCAAUUGUAUCGAGCUAAACACGCAGUUUCGGAGCCCCUGGAUGACCUCACUACGCCCCGUGUAGAUAUCAUCACCAUCCUAUUGCUCGGGCCCCAAGCUUUCACACGUUGGAAGAAGAGAUCGGCAUGGGACCACCCUGUUAUCUAUGGCGAAUGCGUCGGCUUUCUAGCGCCACUGAGCGGCGGUAUUGACUCGUGCUCGACAUCAGUGAUGGUGUUGAGUAUGUGCUAUCUGGUCUUUGACGCGCUUCAAGACGGGAACGAUGUCGCGUCAGACAUCCAGCGUAUCACGGGAGCCGAUGACUGGCUGCCCAAGACCCCUCAAGAGCUUUGCAACCGCAUCCUGCACACAGUGUACAUGGGCAUGUCAGAAUGCUCCUCCGAAGAAACACGUUCACGAGCUCAGCGUCUUGCGGACGGCAUGGGCGCCCACCACAUCAGCAUGUCCAUCGAUACCGUAUACCGAGCCGAGCGAGAUCUACUCCCUCAGUACACAGGCUUCACCCCCGAUUUCCGAGGCUCUUCAGCGGAGAACCUAGCACUCCAAAACCUGCAAGCACGUAUCCGCUCAACCACAGCGUACUACCUCGCCCGUACACUACCCGUCAUCCGCAACCACCCCGGCGGAGGCGGUCUCCUUGUUCUGAGCUCCGUCAACGUAGAGGAGUCCCUCAGGGGCAACUUGACAAAGCACGAUUGCAGUUCCGCAGACCUCAGCCCCAUCGGAAGUAUCUCCAAAAUCCAACUCCGAUCUUUCAUCCGCUGGGCACGUACCGCUUUCACCCUACCCAUCCUAGACGAGUUCCUCGACGCUAUUCCCCGCGCUGAGCUCGAACCUGCUAGUUUCGGUUCAUGCGACGACAAGGAAAACGGUAUGACGCACCAAGAGCUUUUCGUCUUUGCCAAGCUGCGCAGUGAAGAGCGACUGGGGCCAUUCGACAUGUUCCAGCGUCUGCUGUGUGAUUGGCAGGACAGGAAGAGUGCAAGGGAAGUCGGCGAUUUGGUGAAACGCUUCUGGACUUUCUAUGGUAACAACAGGCAUAAGAUGGCGGCUGUGACGCCGGCAGUCCACGCAGCGGGCUACAGUCCUGAUAACAGGUUUGACCAAAGACCCAUGUUGUAUCCGCGAUUUGAACAUAGUUGGGCGUUCAAGCGGAUCGAUGGGGUGGUUGAUGAGCUGGAGCGUAGAGUCAAGAUGGAAGAAGACGAGGAGAUACGUUUUGGGGAAGUGGGUUUUGAAGAGGAACCGCGCGUAAAGGCAAGGCUGUAG